AUGGUAUUUAUGGGUCCCUCUACUGCAUUCUUUGGGGACUUUAAGCGACAUAUUAAAAAAAUUCCAUCUCGCGCUCUCAACACUAUGCAAAAAUUGAGCGCACUCGAUUUCGAUUACAAUGAAAUAGUACGCAUCGAAGAUUACAGCUUUUAUGGGCUUCGCUUAUCGAAACUCAACAUGAAAGGCAAUCAGCUGCAGUCGAUACCCGAGCAUGCGUUCGCCGGCCUAGAGGAAUCCAUACAGGAGAUUGAUUUAUCAGAGAAUGCGUUGCGCACAUUUCCGCUGCUGGCGUUACGCAAACUCGACUACUUGCGUACUCUGCGUCUAUCAAACAAUAAAAUCUCCACAUUCUAUGGUGACAUAGCGCUAGUGACGAACAACGCUUCAGCUGCGGCGGCAGUGCUCCGACUACCUUCAUUGGUAUUCUUAGACUUGAGCUCGAACCAGUUCACGGAGAUCGUGAACGAUUGCUUCGGCGCUUUUCCGCAAUUGAAGACGCUUUCUUUGUACGCUAAUCAAAUUGAACUUGUACAACCGGAUGCGUUUAAAAGCUUGAAGGAGCUGAUGUCGCUCGACAUGUCACACAAUCGCAUCAUUGCGUUGGAUGCAAAAAUUUUCGAUCAGAAUAAGCGCUUGCAGACAGUGGAUCUGAGUCACAAUCAUGUGCAUUCAAUAAGUGGCGUGUUCUCAAACUUGCCGCAGCUGCGCGAGGUCUUCCUAUCCGAGAAUAACAUACUCGAGCUGCCGGCGGAUGCUUUUACAAACUCAUCCAACGUGGAUGUCAUUUACCUGGAAUCGAAUGCCAUUGCCCAUAUUGACCCGAAUGUAUUUAGCACGCUUGUGAAUCUGGACCAUCUGUAUUUGCGUUCGAAUUUCAUACCAUUAGUGCCUGUAACGCUGUUUAAUAAGUGCCAGAAACUCUCCUCACUUUCGUUGGACAACAAUGAAAUACAAGAUCUUGAAAUCGGCAUGUUCCGGAAGCUGGAGUUCCUGCGCGAAGUGAGACUACACAACAAUCGUAUACGACGCAUACGUAAAGGAGUUUUCGAGCCACUGCCUGCAUUGCAGGAGCUACAUGUGCAGAAGAACAACGUUGAGGACAUCGAGCCGGGCGCCUUUCAGAGCCUUUCCAAUUUGCAGCACAUCAACUUGCAGGAUAACCAGCUGACUGUGCUGGAAGAUAUCUUCCCAAAUGAAAAGACAAACUCCUCGCUUCUCUCCAUACAACUGGAAGCAAAUUAUCUGCACAAGAUCCAUACGAAGACCUUUCGCAAGCAAGAGCGUAUACAAAUCAUGUGGCUGCGUGACAACCAGCUGACCCGAGUAGACAAAUCAAUGUUUGUGGACCUGCAGCUGCUCGGACGAUUGUACCUCAGCAACAACCAGAUACGGGACAUCGACAAGGAUACAUUUAGUACGCUGAAGCAUUUAAAGUUUCUAGAUCUGAGUGGUAAUCGGCUGAAGCAUGUGCGACGUGAGUACUUUGCGCCAUUGGCGAGCUUGGAAGAACUCAGUCUUUCGCAAAACUACAUUGAGGCUGUAGAGAGUUAUUCCUUUAAUAAAUUAAAAAACAUAAGGGUGCUCGACCUUUCCAACAAUCCACUGGUGCAACUAACAAAAGAUAUUUUUAUGGACGAACUGCCUUUGACAUAUUUGAAUCUGCGCAACACCUCGCUGCGUAAAAUUGAGCUGCACACAUUCAAGUCGCUACAGAAUCUAAACGAACUCAACUUUGAAGAGAACCAGCUAAAUCCUGCAGACAUACAAAAACUGGAAGUGCCCAGUCUGCGCAGCCUCUUCCUCUCGCACAACGACUUUAGUCAGGCCAGGGUUGGCGGCAUAAUGGCCGAUAUGUUCGACAAGAUGCGCUCGCUACAAUUGCUCACAAUGGCCAACUGCAGUUUGGAAAGUGUGCCAGAUCAAAUAUUCUCAAAGAAUACAAAUCUGGUUAAGCUUGAUCUUUGCGACAACAGAUUAACGGUUAUGAAUCGCAACAUCUUCAGUGGCCUCAAUGUGUUCAAAGAGUUGCGAUUGUGCAAUAACCAGAUCUCCGAAUUCCCGCACAUUGCGCUCUACAAUUUGAGCACGCUGGAGACUUUGGAUUUGUCACGCAAUCAGCUAAGCUCCGUCGACUUCUUCAAAUUAAGUGGCACUUUGAAUUUGCGGCAACUCAAUUUGCAUGAUAACAAAAUCACUUCGUUGAGUGGCUUCAAUGCGGUUAACCUCACACAGUUGGACAGCAUCGAUCUUAGCGGCAAUCUUUUGCUAUCACUGCCCGCGAAUUUUCUUCGUCAUUCGAUUAAUUUGCAACGCGUUGAUCUCUCGAGCAAUCGCUUCUUACAGCUGCCGAGCUCAGCGUUGUCAGACAUCUCGAUACCGCGUUUAUCUUGGCUCAAUCUUACAGGAAACCCAAUAAACAAGAUUUACACGGUGAAGGAGGAGCGCUACCCAUAUCUCAAAGAGCUUUAUAUCUGCCAAACGAAUUUAUCCAUACUGACCUCGAAAGACUUUGAAGCUUUUCAGGCGUUACAGCAUCUACAUUUGGUCAAUAAUCGCAUUACGCGCAUCUCACCCGGCGCCUUUAAGUCGCUCACAAAUCUGCUGACGUUGGACCUCAGCGUGAAUGAAUUGGAAAUGUUGCCAAAAGAACGUCUGCAGGGCUUGAGGCUGCUACGCUUUCUGAAUAUUUCUCACAAUACGCUGAAGGAUUUGGAAGAGUUUAGCAGUGAUUUAGCGCAGUUGCAGACAUUCGAUUUGUCCUUCAAUCAAUUGGAUCGUAUAUCGAAGAAGACUUUCCGCAACUUGCAUGGUUUGAUGGAACUUUAUCUGAUGGGCAAUCGCAUGACUGUUUUGUCGACUGAUGCUUUUCGCUUCCUAAGAAAACUGCAUGUACUCGAUUUGCGUAAGAACUACUUCGAGCUGGUGCCGAUUGAAGCGCUCAAACCACUGGAGACAAAUAUAAAAACACUAAAACUGGAAGAAAAUCCACUGCAUUGCAGCUGUGAUGCGCAAAAACUUUGGGAAUGGUUGCGUGAUCAUCGAAAAUGGUCACAGCAAGCUGGCGGUGAUAAUAUUAAUUACUUGAGGUGCGAACAUCCAGCUGAAUUGCGUGGCAAAGUAUUUGCCAAAAUGGAACCACAACAAUUCUGUGAUGCACCUUUGAUACCGAAAAUCGCCAUACAGGACAUUCAACCGUAUUCGGUGGUGGUUUCGUGGUUAAGUCGUGAACAUUUGGGUUUAACUGGUUAUGAAAUUGUCUAUUAUGCGACCGCAGAUGGCAUUGAUUAUGAUGAGGUGAGUGAAUAG